AUGACAAAUGCAACUCCAACUAGUACUCCAGCAGAUGCCAAUGUAAUUAUGACAAAGAAUGAGGAUGAAAACAUUAUUAAUUUUCCAUAUAGGGAACUUAUUGGUUCUUUAUUAUUUUUGUGUUCUGUUUCUAGACCUGACAUAUCAUUUGCUGUGAAUGUAUUAAGCAGAUAUGUAAACAAUCCUAGUCAGCAACAUGUAAAUGCUGUCAAACGUAUAGUUAGAUACUUAAUUAAUACUAAAGAUUUGUGUAUAAAGUAUGGAGAAAGUGAUGGCUUAAUAGGUUACUCUGAUUCUGAUUAUGCAAGUGAUGUCGAUACACGUAAGUCAACAACAGGCUAUAUUUUUAUGAUGAACGGUGGACCAAUUACUUGGUCCAGCCAAAAACAAAAGACCAUUGCUCUCUCCACUACUGAGGCAGAAUUUGUAGCUGCAUGUGAAGCAGCAAAAGAAAUGAUAUGGCUGCGGCAAUUAAUGUUAGAUUUAGGUAAAAAUUGUAAAUGUGUAACUAUGUUUAUUGAUAAUCAAAGUGGGAUAAAUCUAAUAAACAAUUCUGUUUAUCAUAAAAGAACGAAGCACAUAAAUGUUAAAUACUAUUUUAUUAGAGAAAAAGUUGAGUUAGGCAUGAUUAAAAUUAAUUAUGUUCCUAGUAAAUAUCAAUUAGCAGAUAUAUUGACUAAGGCAUUGCCCACUCAAACUUUUACUUAUAUAAGGGAUCAGAUAAUUAGUUAA